AUGACGCAGGUGGCCACGCGGACUCGCGUGGAAGUGACUACUCGCCAGCAGUCUUUGCAAAUCCUGAAAAACACAGUUUCCCUCGGAGUGUCCUCCGUGCUCUACCUGCGGAACCUCUUCGAAGAAGCCGCUUUCGCCUCCGUCUGGUUCGAAGGCCUCAAACUGGUGCAGCUGCGGCCGGCCGACAAGAAAUCCGCCUUUGUAGUUGGGCUGCUGCGCACGGGCGUGAACGACGCGCUGCAGCGAGAAUGUUUGGAACAACUUCUCCUCGGAAUCCACGAGGAGAAGACCGACGCGCUGCUGGAGUCUUACCAGUUCACGUUUGGCUACGGCGGCCGGCGGCCGGACGUGUCCGUGGCUUUCAGCGGCCGCGACGCAGCAGCAGCAGCAGCAGCAGCAGCAGCAGCUCGCGAGGUCCAGCCGGUCUCCAAGGCUGAAGCCAAGAGGCAAACUGAAGCGCUGCUGCAGUCCCUCUGCGCCAUUACGCAGCAGCUAGACCCCCUCCCCGACAACUCCUACGUCUCUCUCCGAGUAAGUCCUGCACCCCACAAGGACUGCAGCAGCAGCAGCAGACUCUGUGCUCCGCAGCUGCUCUUCAACGAGGCGCACGCCCCAGCAGACUACGUCCCUGCGGGGUUUGUGUCUCGGCUGGACGAAAUAUCUUUUGGGGGCGUCGUGCCCUUCACUGCAAUCAGCGAAAAGAUCGACACCAAGCACCACUCCCUCGAGCUGUCUAUACAGUCCCUCGCGGACCCUCCCCAGAUCUUGCCGCCGCUGGAGGGCGGGCGAGCUGCUGGUGAGUUGAUAGUCCUUGCUGCUGCUGCUGCAGCAGCAGCAGCAGCAGCAGCAGCAGCAGCAGCAGCAGCAGCGUCUCACCUCUGA